AUCACUUUGAAGAUUAUUUUAUGUUUCUUCCUCUGUAUAGACCCUGUGUCAUACUACAAUCCUCUACAUAUAGCCGUUUUAAGGAACAGGCCAAACAUGGUGAGGCUGCUGGUUGGACAUGGAGCGGACAUUGAAAAGAGGGACAGGAUCCACGAGAGCAGUCCCUUGGACCUUGCGAGUGAAGAGUCAGAGAGACUGCCUUGCCUGAUCACAUUGCUGGACCUUGGUGCUGAUGUAAAUUCAAGGGACAAACAUGGGAAAACGCCUUUGCUCCACGCAUUAGCUAGCAGCGACGGGCUGACCGUGCACAACACAGAGAACAUCCGGCUUUUACUGGAGAGAGGGGCCGAUGUCAACGCUGCCACCGUAGACGGCGAAACGGUGGAGUCAUCCUUGGUUUUCCUGGUGAAGGAGGCUCUGGACGCCAGUGCGGAGGAUGCCGCCGAGAUCGGUAAAUUCUGCCUCAAGGCCACACAGCUCCUACUGUCCCACGGCGUGGACCCCAGCUGCUGCCUGAAUGAGGACGGCGAGGCCUCGCUGACGCAGACGAGCCUGGAGCACUUCGACUUGCUCUUUCCUCUGGCCGUGCUCCUGAUCCAGAGCGGAGCCUCUCUGGUCUGCUCCCACCACAGUUCCUCCUGUUGGUCGGGUUACAGCCUGCUCUUCCAGAGGCUCCAAACCGCCCUGCUGCGCUGCACCGAUCAGAGUCACGCCGCUGAGCUCCUGGAACAAGCGGAGAUGUUGCUGGACUUGGCAAGGGUAAACGUCCCAACGCUGAAUCUGCCUUUGAGGCCGGAGCUCCCUGUGGCCAACCUGGACUCUCACCCGUACGCUCAGGCUCUAAUAGGUCUACACAAUCGUGUAGUGGAGCGUGAAGGAAGCCCCCCGCCUCUACGUUGCCUUUCUAGGUCAUUCAUAAGGAGCUACCUACAGCCCUGGCCGCUGGUGGACAGAGUAAAAGCAUUGCCUUUACCAGACAGACUGAAAGACUUUCUGCUUCCGGAACUCACCUACACCCCAAAGGCUGGCUGGGCCUGCUUCAAACCCCAACACACUCAGGGUUAAUAGAAACUAAUUAGCCUGAAAUGAAAUUGUAAAUUUAGCUGUUGUAUUUGCAAAUUGAACAAAAAGUGACAAAACCUUAAUGCCUUUUUUGUUCUGAAUUAUUUUUCUUUCCCCUACCACCCACCCUUUUUUUUUU